CGGCCCCCGUCCCCGGUUUCCCCACGCCGGCGCCCUGCUCCCACGCUUUCCCCGGUUCGCCCGCACAGGCGCCCCCCGGCCCCCGGUUUCCCCGGUUCUUCCGGUAUCGGUUUUCCAUGACCCCGGUCUCCUCGCCCCCCCGGCUUCCCUCGGUUCCCUUUCCCGUUUCCCAGGCCCUCGUUUCCCCCCGCAGCCCUGGCUCCGCCUCGGGGCUCCCGGAUUCCCGAGAACAGCGCGGAUCCCGGUGCGGCUGCUGGACACUGAGUUUUAAUGGUUUUAUGUAGUUUUUAUUCAAAAGAGGAAUGGAUUCAUGAAAAGGAAUUUUAGGGAAAGAAAGGAAAUAAAUCAUGGAACCGUUUUGGAAUGCUCUGAACUCUCCCUGCGCUGCCAGGGCCACCACUCCUGUCCGUCACCUUCUCCGGCUGUAGGAGCUCAGGAACACUCCCCUCCCGAUCGCGCUGUGGACCUUCCCCAUGCUGCCUGGGAAUGUUUGCCAUGGAAAAGACUGCAUGAAAUUCCUGCUGUUUCCCAGCCACUGAGCAGGUCCAGAACCCGCAGACACACCUCGGGGGUCGGGAGAAAGGAGCAAGAAGGAAAAGGACGGAACCCCUGGAAUCUGCCAGGCCUUCUCUGCCUGCCCCCCUUGCGAAGGAGGGAUUUGCGGCUCAAUCCCGCACCAGCUGUUCCGCGGCUGUGGCAGGCGGGGAGGAACAAAUCAAAUUAAACGGCCACCGCCAGCCGGCCCCUCCCAGAUCCCUGCGAAAUCAGGGAGAGUGUUCCUGUGACCCCUCCAGUGCUGGGAGGAGGAGGUGCAGUGCCGUGAGGGAGCGGAUUGCCUGGGAGUCACCCCCUCCCGCCCCGUGUCAGAAAGGAGAAGUGGUUUCCCUGCACCUCCAGAGUGGCUCUCGUGCAAGAAGCGUGCCAAUCCCUCACUCGCUGGGUGGGAAGCAGUGCCCAGCUCCUCACCUCCGGGCUACGCUGGCCUUGUGUCUGAGCCCAGAGCACAUCCUGUCCCCUCGGAGCCCGGCAGCUGCCAGCCCUGCUGGGAUCUGCUUUCUGCUGGCUAUUCCUGACUGACAGAAGCUUGGUGGUGGUUUUAAAUCCACGUCCCAUUCCCUGGUCUGAAAUUUUAAUGAUUUUAACCCUUCCCUGUGCCCGUGUGCUCUGGCAGGACAGGGCGUAGCGUGGACUCGGUGCUCCAAGGCUGCCGUGGGCUUGUCCAGUGGGCUGGGAGGUGGCCCUGGGAGCGGGCGCGGAGGCCAGGCAGCGCUUGCCCCCGUCCCGCUCCCCGAGCCCCGUGGGCCUGGGCUAUGCGGCAGGGCAGACCCCCCUCCACAGCUCCAACAUGCCAGCAGCGUCCGGAAAGAGGUUCAAACCCAGCAAGUACGUCCCGGUCUCAGCUGCUGCUGUCUUCCUAGUGGGAGCCACUACCCUCUUCUUCGCCUUCACAUGCCCAGGGCUCAGCCUCUACGUCUCUCCCGUCAUUCCCGCCUACAAUGCCAUCGUCUUCCUCUUUGUGCUGGCCAACUUCAGCAUGGCCACCUUCAUGGACCCAGGCAUAUUCCCGCGAGCUGAAGAAGACGAGGACAAGGAGGAUGACUUCCGUGCCCCGCUCUACAAGACAGUGGAGAUCAAGGGCAUCCAGGUGCGCAUGAAGUGGUGUGCAACCUGCCGCUUCUACCGGCCGCCACGCUGCUCACACUGCAGCGUCUGCGACAACUGUGUGGAGGAGUUCGACCAUCACUGCCCCUGGGUCAACAACUGCAUCGGGCGGCGCAACUACCGCUACUUCUUCCUCUUCCUGCUGUCGCUUACCACGCACAUCAUGGAUGUCUUUGGCUUCGGCCUCCUGUACGUCCUCUACCAGGUGGAGGAGCUCUCUGGUGUCCGCAUGGCCGUCACGAUGGUUGUGAUGUGCGUGGCCGGCUUGUUCUUCAUCCCCGUUGCCGGCCUGACGGGGUUCCACGUGGUGCUCGUGGCCAGGGGCCGGACCACCAACGAACAGGUGACGGGCAAGUUCCGUGGUGGCGUCAACCCCUUCACCAACGGUUGCUGUAAGAACGUCAGCCGGGUGCUGUGCAGCUCCCCGGCCCCCAGGUACCUCGGGCGUCCCAAGGCUGAGCAGACAGUGCUGGUGCGGCCACCGUUCCUGCGGCCCGAGGUGUCAGACGGGCAGAUCACCGUCAAGAUCAUGGACAACGGUAUCCAGACAGAACUGAAGAGGACAAAGUCCAAAGGGAGCCUGGAGGUGACGGAGAGCCAGUCUGCCGACGCCGAGCCGCCUCCGCCGCCUAAGCCAGACCUCAGCCGCUACACGGGCCUGAGGACACACUUAACCCUGGCCACCAAUGAGGACAGCGGCCUGCUUGGCACAGAGAGCCCACCGACUCCCACCAUGUACAAGUACCGGCCUGGCUACAGCAGCAGCAGCAGCUCCACAGCCCUGCCCCACUCCACCAGCGCCAAGCUGAGCCGUGUCAACAGCCUGAAGGAGCCCAACUCCAUCUGCGAGAGCAGCCGCAAGCCCAGCUAUCGCUCAGAGCCGAGCCUGGAGCCCGAGAGCUUCCGCUCGCCCACCUUCGGCAAGAGCUUUCCCUUUGACCCACUCUCCAGCGGCUCCCGCUCCUCCAGCCUCAAGUCAGCACAGGGCACGGGCUUCGAGAUGGGACAGCUCCAGUCCAUCCGCUCCGAGGGCACCACCUCCACCUCCUACAAGAGCCUAGUGAACCAGACGCGCAACGGCAGCCUGUCCUACGACAGCCUGCUCACACCCUCUGACAGCCCCGACUUCGAGUCGGUGCAGGCGGGCCCAGAGCCGGACGCGCCGGUGGGCUACACCUCGCCCUUCCUCUCGGCACGCAUCGCCCAGCAGCGUGAGGCUGACCUUCACGGCCGCUUCGCCGGCACUGUCUCCCCUAAGCAUGUGCCGGCCCGUGAGCCCUCGCCCGUGCGCUAUGACAAUCUCUCCCGCCACAUUGUCGCCUCCAUCCAGGAGCGGGAGAAGCUGCUGCAGCAGCCACCGGUGCCAGGCAGGGAGGACGACACGGCACUGCCAGACUCAGGCAUCCAGUCAACAUCAGGCUCUGGCAAUGCCCCGCGCACCAGCUCUUCCUCGGACGAUUCCAAGCGCUCACCCCUGGGCAAGAACCCGCUCACACGCCCAGCACCGCCCCGCUUCGGCAAGCCCGAGCCCCCCGCCGCACUCCGGGUGCGCUCACUGGGCUCCCCGGACCAGCCCGCCGCCCCCCACCUGGCCAAAUCCCUCUCCUACAGCAGCCAAAAACCGGCCUCUCCAGCCAGCGUCCCCGAGACGGAGGAGGUGGCCUUGCAGCCCUUGCUGGCACCAAAGGACGAGGUGCAGAUGAGAGCAGCCUACAGCAAGGCCAACGGGCAGCCCAAGAGCCUGGGCGCAGGGGCCCUCGGCAGCCCCUCGCGUGGGGGCGUCAAGAAGGUGUCAGGCGUGGGGGGCACCACCUACGAGAUCUCAGUCUGAGGGCACUGCGCUCGCCCCGACGCGGGGGCCGGACACUGCGGAUGCCAGGGAGAGCCGGAGCAGGGGGAGCAGCGGCCCCUUCUGCCCCGCCAGGACUCGGGGAUCCCUGCCCGCGGAGGACGGCAGCUGCCCUGGCCAGGCGCUCGCUCGAGGGGCUCGGCGGCAGCGCCGGCCGCUCCGUGGGCCUUGUGCAAUCACCGCUCGCCCAGCGGGGCAGGAACGGAUCCUUUUUAAACCAGAAUACUUUUUUUUAUUAUUAUUGUUACGGAUUCUAUUUUUUUUCUCUCUCCGAGUUUCCGGGUGUGUGUACAUAUAAAUAUCUAUAUAUAUAAAUAUAAAUAUUGAGGAAAAAAAAGGCAAAAAUGCUCUUUCAUGCCCGGGGGAGGAAGAAUCCCCCCCACCUCGUCCUUGUCCUCCACCGUGGGGAUGUAGGCGCCUGGCAUCAUGCGCAGGGCAGUGGGAGCCGUGCGUGUGAACGUUGUCCACAACUGCAGCACCCUCUCCCGGGGGGGGCAGAAGGGCUGGGGAAGGCCCCUCCUCACGGCACCUACGGGCCCCAGCUGUCCUUCCCCCUCCCGUUUGCACCCCUCUUUUUGUAGCGUUUCCGCAGGGAUUGUGUUAGGGGCAGGGUGGUUCGUUGUUGGUUUUGUUGCCUUUUUUUUCCUUUUACAAACGGGUCCGAGGGUUUCUUGCUGUCGUGGUUGGUUUUAUUUCAGUGUGGGAGGAGGAAGAGGCUGGAGCAAAGCAAUAUUCCCUCAUCACAUGCCAAAAGAAAAGCAGAAUGGGAGCUGAGUGCUCCCAGAGCCCCUGCAGGGCCAUGAGCGCUGCCAGACCCCCCCCACCUCCACGUCCCCGCAGCGCCACAAUGCCGGUUUUUUUAUUAUUAUCAGCCAUUUUAACAACAAGGAAUAAAAGGAUAUUUAAUGAGC